AUGAGGUACAUGGUUUUUGCUGCCCUUUUGCUUUUGGUCCCUUUCCUACAAGUCACCGAGGGGUUGUCGACUAUCAAGACUCGCCCUCAAGGUCCUUACUGUGGUGAUUACUUUUCCAUAGUGGAGGGCCGAGUUGACUUUCCCGUCGAUUUGGAUACGUUUGACAUAUCUCUUACGAUUUCCGGGGAUGUAGAGGAGUGUAAGAAUGAGCCGUACGUAUAUGACGAAGUAUCUGGCAAUGUUGAACUGACGAAUGCACAAGACCCUGGAGACUGCCUUGGUAGCAUAUUGCGAAGGAAUCAACUGACGCUCAUGGUCACCUACCACCCCGAUGAUGACAAAAUUUCAUUGGACUUUGGCAUCGCCGUGGUGAACCUUUCCCCUUGCCCCUAG